AUGAACAAUAACGAUAAUUAUUCUGAUGAGUCGGAGGACGGACGUGCGGUUCCAGAUUUGGAGAAUGAAGAAUUAGGCGAGGAGAUGGAAUUAGAAGGUGAAGGAGAAGAAAUGGAAGGCGAGGAGGAAGAGGAGAUUGAAAUAGUUCAUCAUAUUCCUGACGACUUUUAUUAUGAAGUGGAAGAGAAAAUCACAAAACCGCACAUUCACGAAGGUAGUGGAUUGCCAGAGAAUCUUGUGCAACUUUAUCACUCGUUUGGCUGUGACACCUUUCGUCGAGACAAUUUGAAGCUCAUUGACAAGGAUACGAUCGGUUACGUGAUUGGUAAUUACUUUCAGAUUUUGAAUGUGGUUACCGGUGAAAGGGAUUACCUUCGAUGUACAAGCGGUUAUGGUAUCGGUUCUGUCGACAUUCACCCAGAUGCUACACAUAUCGCUAUUGCUGAAAAGGGUGAUGUGCCAAAUGUUUGCAUCUAUGAAUAUCCUUCCUUGAAGCUGUUUCGCAUACUGCGUGAAGGCACACAAACAGCGUACUCUUCAUGUCACUUUACACCUGACGGGUCCCUAAUCGCCACGGUGGGUGACAAGCCUGAUUUCAUGUUGACUUUGUGGGACUGGCGUGAGGAGCAAAUAGUUCUGCGAAACAAAGCUUUCUCUCAGGAGAUCUAUUCUGUUCGUUGGUCUGACGAUUUGAAGGGUGUUCUGACAACUGCUGGGCUAGGGCACAUUAAAUUCUGGAAGAUGGCAAGCACAUUUACCGGACUGAAGUUGCAAGGAAGCAUAGGAAAAUUCGGAAAAGUGGAGCUCUCUGACAUUGAAGGCUUUGUAAUCCUUCCUGAUGGAAAGGUCCUUACGGGUUCGGAAUGGGGCAACCUCCUACUCUGGGAAGGUGAUCUGAUAAAGGUUCAGAUCGGUCGGAAGGAUGGCGCACCUUGUCACGAAGGCUUCAUCAUGCAGAUACUUAUUGACGAAGGUGAAUUAGUCACUAUUGGAACUGAUGGAUAUGUAAGGACGUGGGAAUUCGAGGCGAUUGAUCAAGCCGAAGCCCUGGAAGAGGGUGUGGUCCUGCAGUUGGAACCAAUGAACGAGCUCCAGGUGUCACCACACGCCAAACUCAUGUCAAUGAAAAAAGUGGACAAUGAAGGAAAAAUAUUUUGGUACUGUAUGGAUGCCAACGAGGGGAUUUGGAAAUUGGAUCUAAGCUUCUCUCACACUUCGGCAGGACCGGAACUGAUUUUGCCCUAUCAUGCUGGUCCCAUAGUGGACUGCGUCGUCUCCCCCACCUCAUAUUUAGCUGCAACUCUUGGUUCUGAUGGUACCGUCCGCCUGUGUGAUUUGCCAAAGAAAGAAGUGCUUGCAGUGAAACGAUUCAGCGCCAGUGGAACCUGCCUACUGUGGGCACCCGCACAAGUGGACCCCAAAGGCAAGACGAUUGUCGCCGGCUUCGCAGAUGGCGUGGUCCGUGUGCUUCAAAUCGGCUCCGAAAGCGUUAUUGACGAGUACCGCCAGAAGCCAACUCAUGUGGUUAGCAUUGAACUCAUUCAGGUACUGAAACCGCACACUGCUGCCAUCCUGUCAAUGGACUAUGACAAAAGUGGCAAACUGUUUGUCACCUCUAGCUCAGAUAGGACACUCUUCCUUUUCCACGCUCACGGACCUCGGAUCAAGGCAAACGGAUUUGUGCGGCUGCCAGCAAACGCAAACAAGGUCCAGUGGCACUACGGGAACUCGCAAACACCUGAGCCAACACUUCUGCUCUACCUGGACAAUAGCUGUGUAAUCGAGGUUUCAAUACCAAAUCGGAAGGCGGCUGAGAAGGGGACAUUUGAGAUAACUGAUGCGGUCGCGUUGCGAGGCUUUCGAAUGGAAAGUGUGGCUGGACAACUGAGGGUGAUCGAGCAAAACGUCUACCGUCGGGCCGCGUAUGAAGAGGCCAAGAAGAAGAGAGAAGAAGAUCUGACCAAACUGCUUCAACAGGGCCAGAUUACGGAGGAGGACUUCAUGAGAGCCGCUGAUGAUGAGAGAAAACUGCAUGCGAAGUUGGAGGAUGAGCUAGCAGCUCUGCGACCAGUUGUACCGGAAGUACCCUCCCCUGUUCUUGAUGGCUUUGUUUGUCACGACGAUCCAAGCCUCUUGUGGAUAAAUUUGGGCGAUUUCGACGCAGGCUACAUCUACAAGUGCAGCCUCAUGCCUUUGUUGGACGCUCCAGAAAAUUCUCCACGUCAAGUGGAGAAAGGGUCCACCGAAGAGCGCGAGAUCACCGACCUGGAAGCAGUUCUUGAUCGAGUCCAAUCGAUGAAACCGGUACAGUCUUCCAGGAUCCGUGACUGCAACGACUCGCCAUUGCUUUCGUGGAAAUUCAGUGUCACCGGCAAACGAGUUCUCAUGGGCUUCGAGAACGGCUUCGUUCGCGUCCAGAUGCUCAAUAAGGCUUUUGAUUUCGGAAGUUUGGACGCCUACUGGACAUACGCCUUUCAGGAUAAUAAUCGAGGGCCAGUCAAUAAGAUUCGACUCACCUUUGAUGACAGCUUCGUUAUAGCGGUUGGAGGCGACGGGACGUUCUUUGUUUUAGAACUGAUGUCCGAAUCGGCCCAAGAAAUUGAGGUUUCGAAGCUGCUCACUAGACUUCCUUCUUCGGUUCAUGAACCAAUAGAAGAAGAGGAUAUUCGUGACAGCAAUGAGUUUAGCAUCGAGCAGGCCAGGAGGAAAGCGGAACGGGAUAAACUGGUUGAGGCUGGCGAAGAGAAGCGACGAGAGACCAGACGCCAACUUGCUGAAUUGCGACUCCGCUUCAAAAAACUAAAGGAUCAAAAUGAGAGGCUGCCUGCUCACAUGCGCGUCAACACUCGGGAGUAUGAAAUGCUUCCAUUCUUGAGGGAGCAACUGAUGAAUCAGAGGAAAAAACAAAUCGAGAUCUUCGACAAGAAAGUUGCAUUUGAAAGUCGUCGUCGGUCAAUUGCCCUUCAGAAGUUGGUCGAUAGAUUCAGGAAGUCUGUUUCCUGCGAUUUUAUUGUGCUGAAGGCAUUCGGCGCACCGGACUGGGUCAGCUCAAUUCGAAAGAAUAAACUCCCUCCUGAACACUUUGAGCUGCUACAACGCUUGAGAGAAGAGGCUAAGCUAGAAGAAGAGGCCGAAUCACGGGAUAACCGCAAAACCACUGUACAGGACAAAUCGCAGACUCGAGCGACCGUUAUGCGUUCAACGAGCACCGUGGAGACGUCACUUGUGCAGAAGAUAAAGGGUGCCAGAGGUCUCCGUUUGGCACGACAAUUACAGUUUAUGGAAGCUGCGCGGAUUAAACGAGAAAAGCGUCGCCAACAGUGGGAAGCAUUGUAUGCAAUGAAACCAACAGAGAAGUGGGAAGAUCCAAAUGACGUGGCGGCUAUUGAAUACGUGAAAAACAACAUGGGUGAUUUCAAACUCAAGUCCGCUUCUAACUACACGGCGCCAGAAUCCAAGAAACGCACGGCCAAGCAAUCAAGACUUGCCCUACUUGAGGCUAUGACUCAGAUUUCAGAAAGACAGGAGAGCUUCAACCAACGACUUCUGAAACUACGUAAUAAGAAAGCAGCCAUCAUCAAGGAGUUAAAUGGCAUUGAUCAAACACUGAAACAACUAACAGUGGAUCUUCCACCGGAUGGGAUUGUUAUCCGUUUAAAAGUUGACAAUCUUGAUGAUGAAGAGUAUCCGGAAAGGGCAUAUGAAAUAACAGAUCAGAAGCUAGAACGCUUCAAGGGGAACGCAUCUGAAGAUCAGCCUGCUUCCUCAAAAAAUAAGACAGGCAGUCGAAUAAGUUCAAGUCACAAUCUUGAUGACCGUUCACUUGGAAUGACCGUGGUGAUGCAUGAAGGGCGUCAGGUCCUUUUUGUUACGAUGAAAACUCUAGUCAAGCCGCAGAGUUUCUACACUCUACAUCUCCCAUUCCGUCACGACCCAGACGUUGUCGGCAUGUCUGUCUUCUCCAUGGACCCAGAAAAAAUAAUCAUGGAUCCUACAACUCGCGUGCUGAAUACUAGACAACCACUGCAUCCUGACAAAGAGGUUAAUCCUCUUGAAACGCAAGACUCUAAACAGUCUCUGGAAGCGUUUGAAAGUACCUACCGCAAUGUCACCUCGCUGUCAAGAGAUGGCGAACGCACCGCAACUGAAGGCGAAGAUCGAGGAAAGCUAUUUACGAAAACGGAGUCCCAGGGGUCUGAGGAGGAUGAGCACUUUUACCGGGAUCUGGACCGCCGGAAGGUGAAGUACGAGAAGGCCUUGUUUAAGCAGCAGUACUUGCUUACCGAAGCUGGCACUCUGAUCCGGUGCUUCAACAUGGAAUUGCGCACGCUAAGUCACCAGAAAGUCAACCUUGACUUGCUAAUGAAAAGAGCAACAUUAAAUCUACUGAUCCUGUACGAGGAGUACACAAUGCUGAAGGAAUUCGAAAAGUCCGAAAGAGGCCUGGCUGCCAAUUACGAGAAGAAAAUUACUGAAAGGGCCGAAGUCGACCAGAAGUGGCAUUUUUUCCCAUUGAAGGUAGCUGAGACGGAGCUGGAAAUUGAGGAGACUCUGGUGCAAAUCGAACGACUCACAGAACGGGAAAAUGAGAUUUUUGAGAACUUCAAGAAUUACCUGGGUGACAACCACAAGUGGAAUGAUUUCCUUCACAAGGUGUACAAAAAGAAGAUUAAGAGAAAAGUCAAACGUACCACCGAAGGAGGUGAGGAUUCGGAGAGUUCUUCGUCCUCGGAGGACUCCGAGUGGAACGAGUCGGACGAAGAGGAGGAGGAUGAUGACAUGCUUGAUCUGGAUAUGUGCCCACCCGACUGUGAACAGGUGGACUACGACACGACAGUCGCUUUUCGUGAUCAACGCCUUGAUGUGGAAGAUGAGAUUGCUGAGCAGCGAAGGCUCCUCGAAAUCCAACAUAAGGAUGCGGAAACACUGACAAAGAAGUCACGGGCGGCACAUCUGGCCCUUGAGCAGGCAGCUUCUGAUCUAAAGGCUUUCCAACUGGAAAAGCAGCGGAAGCUUAACGUUCUCGAACGUGCGGUCACCCUGCGUUUGGACCAGAUUACAUUCUUCCAGGAUAAGGCCCUUCCAGCCGACUUCUCGCCGGUCCUUAUUUUUAAACGCGAAAAUGUGGCACUACUUAAACGCCGUAUUCAGGCUCUGGAGGACGAGAAACGAAUUCAACGGAAGGAGAAGAAACAAGCUAAAGAAAAACACCUGAUGCUUCAACGGCACAAGCGCGUAUUCCAGGAUAAACUGCAAAAAAUGGCCAUCAAGUGCGACCUCGUGAUGAUUGACAAAUUCGGACGCCUGGAGAACAUCGAGAAGCUGGAGACUAUCUCAAUUAACCCGAAGAUUGAAGAGAUAAGCUGUCGGGUUCUGGCAUUGCAAGCGCGAAUUCAACGCGAAGAAAAUGCCGCUGAGGAAAGACUUCGUGAGGCGAGGGACAAGUACAUAGUCCAAAUGCGCGAAAACACCCGCAUUGUUGCUAAGACUCUCAUGGUGUUUAACGAACUUCAGGCGUACUUCAGUUCCAUGGAAGCUCAUAGAAAACAUCCGAAUAAACCGGUGUCUGAAGGAGUUAUCAAAGAAAACAAAGAACUAACGAGUCGCAUCAAGGUAGUGCAAUCUCAAGCUGAAGAGAUAAACAGAUUGACUGCAGAAAUCCGAUGUCUAAGUGAAAAGGGUCCUAAAAUUCUUCCGCCAGUUCAAGCACCUCCGAAUUUUCGGCCGGUAACAAACUAG